AUGUCCGGGGCAGCUGUAUUCAAGCGUAUCCCACUGGCGGCUAAGGGAGUACAGGUCUAUCAGGUAUCAUCAGCCACCUAUCGUGCUGGUGCCGCCUUGGGUAUGGAUCUAUCUGUGACUAAGAAGCCUCUUAAUCAGGCAUUGGAUGCUGCUAUCCAUAAACCACAGUUUUUACAAGUUGACACUCUGAAAGGGAUCCCCGUGGACACAUCUCUGAGUCAAAGCUCUCUGGUCGACCCCUACCUUUCUCGGUAUAUCGCCGACUUGAGCGGUGUCUAUUUCGAUACUCCUAAGAAGUGA